AAACCAUGUUCUUAGUCGAGUGAAUUGUUACAAGUCUAAAAUUCUAUAACAAUUAAUAGAGCAAACAACUUACUUAGUGUCAAACUGACCGAUGGACUUUCAUUUUUUGCAUGAUAAUACUGUUUUGGAAUAAGAAGUAAUUUAUUUUAUAAGUUCAUAUAAAUUCACCAACAAUUAACUUAAGUGAAGUUUUUAUGAGAAUUCCCAUCGAACUAAGCCAUAGUAAACAAGUGAAAUUUCAUUGAAUUAUUUGUUAUUUAUUGUUCUCUGAAUUUCUAACCAAUAAAAAUGGGCAAAAAAUGUACAGAAUUGGAACUGAAAAUGCCUUGGGGUCAAAUAUCAGCCAAAGCUUGGGGAUCGCCUGAGAAUAAAUGUGUUCUAGUAGUUCACGGAACUUUGGAUAACGCUGGAUCAUUCACUAGACUUAUUCAAUUAUUACCAGAUAAUUAUUACUUUGUUGCAAUAGAUUUACCGGGCCAUGGGUUGUCUAGUCACUUUCCAGCAGGAAUGAAUUUAGACUUUUUCAAUUUUAUUCUUGCUAUCAAAUACGCAUUAGAUGAGUUGAAUUGGAAAAAAUGUUUAUACAUUGGUCAUAGUUUUGGAGGACAAUUAGGGAUAAUUUUCAGUAUAUUAUUCCCAGACAUACUGGAGAGAAUUAUAAGUUUCGAUGCCUUGUUGCCGCGAGUUCUUAAUGAUAAAUUUUUGCUACCAAGAAUCAAACAAACUUACGAAGCAACUUUAUCAGAUUUACACAAAAAAUUACCGGCUCGUUUGUACACAAAAGAUCAGGUAUUAGAUGCUUUGCAAAAUCGACGUCAAUUUCCAUUGAAUAGAGAAGCUGCUCAGGCAUUGUUUGAUCGAGCGGUCACUCAAAUUGGUGAUAAGUACCAAUAUAAUCGCGAUAUUAGAAUGAAGCAAAUGUGUUUUCCUAAUUUUAAUCGAGAUCAAUACAUUGAAUUGACGAAAUUUCUUAAAGUACCAACAAUGAUCAUUAUAUCUAGUGAAUCUUGGUUUCACUUAUCACAAGACAAUCUUAAGAAUUUAGAAUUUUUUAAAAAACUUGUUCCAGCCACUUGGAUUUUCAAAGUUGUUGAAGGAAAUCAUGAUCUGCAUAAUAAUAAUCCUGAAAGAGUAUCGACGAUUGUAUCACCAUUUUUAGGUAGCAAUAUAAAAAGUAAACUUUAAACAGUAUUGAAAAUUUCUAAAUAAACAAUUAUUAUAGUGGAUAGUGAAUAUCGAGUGUAUAAAUAUUUAGGAGAGAGAACACCUUUGAAUGUAAAAAAGUAAAAGAUUUUUUUAUUAGUGCGAAUUAAAAUUCGAUUCUUAAAAUUUUUAACUAUCAGGAAAAUUUUAGUUUUUACUUUUUAAUCAAGAGUUUAUACAGACUUGAGAGAUCAAAAAAGUGAUUCUCAGAAAUUUAUCCUUUCAGUUUAUUAAGGGCCUAUGAGCGAGAGCGUGCAAAAAUUGUGAAUUUUGAUGACUACGAAUAAGUUAGGACGAUUUUGGGGCCAAAACUCAAAAAUUCACAUUUUUGAAAUUAAAAAAAAAAAAAAAAAAAACACUUCUUUGAAAAUUUCAGAAUAUCUUAA